GAUUGGAUGACUGUAGUUUGUUACAGACAUGGCCGAAACAUCAGGGGAAGGAACGCAGGGUGGACCGUAUUUUCGGAAAGAAAGACUGAAAUGCAGCCCGGAGGACGAGGCGAGGCUGGAGAGGCAGCAUUUCUGGAGAAUAAUUCACGCUUUUAGGUCUUACAGGGUCCAUGUCCAGGAGCAGGUCAAGCGUGCUGAGCGUCAGUUUCGGAGCCUUUCGCAGCGGCACCAGAACUUGUUGCCUGGAGUUUUAUCCAACCUGACUCGUAUCAGCCAGUGUGCAGACCACAACCAGGAGGUGCUGCAGGCUAUCAUUCACAACAGCCUCCACAUGUUUGAGAACAUGGAGUAUGGUGAGAGGCAGGAGGAUCCCAGAAAAAUACGGCCAUCCUCCACAUUUGACAUGGACAAACUUAAGUCCACGAUAAAGCAGUUUGUCAGAGACUGGAGUGAAGCAGGUCGGGCUGAGAGGGACUCCUGCUACAAGCCAAUCAUCCAGGAGAUCCAAAGACUUUUCCCAAGUGACCAAUAUGAUGUGUCUAAGGUGAGCGUGCUGGUUCCGGGUGCUGGGCUUGGCCGUCUAGCCUGGGAGUUAGCUAGGCUGGGUUACACAUGCCAGGGCAACGAAUGGAGCUUCUUCAUGCUCUUCUCCUCCAACUUUGUUCUCAAUAGGUGUGAAAAGGUGAACUCUCUGACCCUGUACCCAUGGAUCCACCAGUUUAGCAACAACAAGAAAUCUUCCGACCAAACUCGACCAAUCAGAUUCCCUGAUGUCAACCCUCAGAGCUUGCCGCUAACUUCAGACUUCUCCAUGGUAGCUGGGGACUUUGUGGAGGUCUACAGUGACCCAGAGUCCUGGGACUGUGUGGCUACCUGCUUUUUUAUUGACACAGCUCAUAAUGUGAUAGAGUAUGUGGAGACCAUCUGGAAGAUUCUUAAGCCUGGAGGAGUGUGGAUCAACCUAGGCCCACUCCUGUAUCACUUUGAGAACAUUGCCAAUGAGCUGUCAGUUGAACUGAGCUAUGAAGACGUUAGAGCAGCGAUGGUUAAACUAGGCUUCCACAUUGAGGUGGAGAAGGAAUCUGUACAAACCACCUACACAGAGAAUGACCGGUCUAUGCUCAGAUAUGUUUACGACUGUGUCUUCUUUGUUGUACGGAAACCUGCAGAACUGUACUUCAAUUGUCAAGAGAACGAUGGAGAACUGAGUUCUUCACCGGCUGCUAAAUCACCGCGGCGAGAGGGUAUGGACAGCCUAACGUGACAAGAAAUCCUUUGACAAAAGCAGUGAACCGAGAGGAGCACCACUAGUGACUAAGAAAAGAAGAGAAAAAAUCAAAUGGACAUAAUCUUUUUUUCUCUCAAAUGUAUUUUUUAUGAUAUCUCCCUUGGAAACGUGCCGAACUCUGCAGGCCCUGUUUUUUUGUGGGACAGGUGAACCACCUGAAUAUGGCUCAAAAUGUCGAAUGUUGCUUUGCAGCAUUAUGUGAUCUGUAAUGCCAGAAAAAACGGUCUAAAUACUUAACAUCUCUUGAUCCCGGAGUUUAAGAUGAAUUACUGGCUGCUAUUUGUUUUAAUGGUUUGCGUGUCAGCUACAUGCCAUGAAGAGUAUGUUUCUUUUAACUAUGGAGGCCUAAAGUCUUACUCAUUCUUAUCCACUGCCUGACAGUUUGUGUUAAGUGUGUCUGCUUGUGUGUGUGUGUGCGUGCGUGCGUGUGUUUGGAGAAUGCGGUGUGCACAUUUGCGCUUGAAAUUAUUUAUUUUUUCAAAUAUGGUGCCACUAACUACAUGCAUAUUGCAUCGAUCACCUUUCAGCUGUUCAGGAAUAAGUUGUUUUAAAGUUGGAAAUGAUUCUCAUCAAUUUAACGGAUCUCUUAGUACACUUUGAAAUAAAGCCAAAACUUUUAAAAAGUAAAA